AUGUCGCAAGAUAAUUCUAAGGAUAUUGUAAAAUGUGCAAGUAUCAUACUAGCAGAAUCUUUAUUAUAUCCUGUGAGCUCAAUACUAACACGCAUCCAAACAAAUAACCUCAAUAUCCUAGCUUUAAAACAACCUUUAUCAUCAUUUUACGGAGUUGGCAGCAUAGUCACAUCACUUCCAGCAUUUUUAUUUAGGCUCAAGGUCUGUGAUGUAGCCCAUCCAAUCGUCCAAAAUCGCUGUAAUUCUCUAUUUAGUUGGCUUAUCACAGUUUACUACCUUUUUUUUGGUCUCUGGAUUUGCAGAUAUCGUUUCCUGCAUUAUUCGCUGCCCAACUGAGCAUUGAAGGCAGCAAUUCCAAACAGGCAUGUAUUCCUCUAUAAAAGACUUAUAUAAAGACAUCUUAGGAUAUAAAGGACCCCUUGGCCUUUGGAGUGGCUUUUCAGUCUAUCUAGGUCGAGAAGUAGCAUUUAACACAAUUCGCUUCGGAAUUCUCUCAUACCUCCAAGAAAGAGAGAAAAGAACGCCAACUUUUACUAAACAGCAAAAAAGAGCUAACUACCGAGAAUAUUUUAAUGACUCUGCCAGUUAUGAAAGAAAGCAAAAGGCCCAAGCUUUUGCACAAUUCAAAGCUUUUCAAUGGAUGAACACAAUAGCGACGAUAACAGCAGCUAUUUUAUCAACACCUUUUGAUAUUAUGAAAACUCGAGUUAUGACUGACAUUCUUCAUGAUCAUAAACCGCUAAGAGCUCACUUUAAUCAGCUUAUAAGUGAAGAAGGGGUUUUCGCACUAUUUAAAGGAGCUGGAAUUAGAGCUUUUUACAUGUGUGCGCUUAUAUCUUCUUUUCUGUCUUUAGAUUUCUAUUUAAGCUCUCCUAUUCAAGAAGCUCAAAGAAUAACACAAAAAGUGGUUGAACUUCAAAGAGAUAAUGAUUCUUAA